CACACCAAACAUUUGAUAAAUAAAGCAAAUCAAAUAUAAAAUAAUUAACAAAUCUUAAUUGUUUGGAAUUGCGUGAAAAUUCAAACCUUUUUAGUCCAGUCACACCAAGUCUACAGGUGUGUCCGGCAGAGUAACGAAAAGAAGGCAGCAGUUAUCGGUUAAUGGUGGUGUCAUGUUCAGUGGACAGUCAUCAUCACCUAGGAAACGUAAACAUAGCGAAUACCAUGAUCCGGACUACCCUAAAGAUCAGCCGCCCCCAUAUGUUGACGAAUCACCAAUCGCAGUUAAAUCAGGCGAUAGCAAGAGACCUAAAGUACAGAGCGCUUUAGAGGGCAACAAUGAUGCACAAAAUAACGAAUACUUGCACAAGGUGCAAGAAAUCAUUGAAAAAGAGUUUAACACUGAACUGGUAUUCAAGCAGAAACAACUAUUAGAAAUCGAUGAACGCCUUGCAAAGGCUCGCCAUAUGUUGGAUAAACUGCGCUACACUUUGGUUUCAUCGUAUUAUAAAAAGCAGGACUUACCACUGGCAGCGGUGACCACGUCGGCUGUUAGGGGUGUUCAAACUCUUUUCACAAGAGAGGACAAGGGCCCUCAAAUGCAAAUACAUCCUUCAUUGAAAAAGCUAAUAGGAAAGAAGCCCAAAGAUUUGUCGGAUGUUAUUCGCUCUUGUCCAAAAAGGACAGCGGCGCAAAAUGCCGUUCAGACUAUAAGGGCGAAGUCGGAAGUUCAAAAGAGGGAGGAGAGGAAACUUAAACAAAUUAUUAAAGGGCAAGGCAUUGUCAUUGACCAUUCAAUAGAUGAGGAUCCGCGUACAGACAUUGCAGCUCUGAUAAAUGCAGCUCAAGUGCACAAGACGCCAAAAGCAGUUACUCAGCCCCACACGAACAUUGCCAAAUCGACAACAACAAAUCAGCCACAUGGGAAGCCCUUGAAUGCCUCUCGUUUAAAUAAUAAAAUAAAACAUUUGAUUGUGGUAGGUAACACUUCAAAGUUCAUUGGCACAGAACAAGAGAGGGAUCCCCGAAAUAAGGCGCAAAUUCUAACUCACAAAUGGUUGGUUUAUGUGCAAGCAAAGGACACGGCAGUGCCUAUCGAGAAAUAUGUAAGAAAAGUAAGAUUUAAUUUGCACCAUUCGUAUCGUCCCAACGACGUGGUGGAUGUUCAAGAACCACCUUUUCAAGUAGCCCGAAGAGGUUGGGGAGAAUUCCCCAUAAGAGUUCAGUUAUAUUUUCAUUCAGAAUACAACCAGAAACCAGUACAACUGUUGCACACAGUUGUUUUGGACAAAUCCCAUACAGGAAUACAAACAUUAGGAGCAGAAACUUUACUGGAGGUUUGGCUAAGAAACGUUGAAAUCCCGCACGAAGUUGUGACCAAUAAGAUCGAUACACCAAAAACAGAAGUGGUAAAGGUCUCUGAAACAGCUAAAAAUACUCAAGUAUCUACUUCCGAGGAAUUAGUCGACGAUAACUUGUUGGAAUUUCUUAACAAAAUAGAAGCAAGUCAAAAUUCUAUAAGUGCCGAUAUUGAAAAAAUUCAACCAACAUUUGUAAUUCCUGAACCCCUGGAAAAUAAGAGUCCACAAAAGUUGCCAUCUCCUUCCAAACUUGUUCCGAAGUCUCCCACAAAAACACUGACGGAGAUAAAUAAGAAGCACAUAGUUUCCAGUACAAAUUCGGAAGUGUUAAACACAAAUUUCGACAAGUUGGAAAGUAUUACAAGAAAUCAGUGCAGUUUGAAAGUUACUGCAAUACAAACGGCUACAACAGCUACCCAAAUUAAAAUUAUAAAUACCGUCAAUAGACCCUUUGUUGUACCUAAAAUAUUGCCUCUAAACGCAACUUUUGUCGUCUCUAAUGCACGCCCUGUUGUGGGUCACAAUACGGUAACAUUAGGCAAAACAUCCAUUACGUUUAACAAAGGCGGCAAACUUGUAAUGCCUUCGAAUCCAGUAGCAUCUGCGGUAAAAAGAACUAUACUGCCGGUCACAAAGUGCGUAACAAACACAACAAAUACAUAUACAACGCCUGUGGCUUCUCCAACCUGUGUUGCAACUAUUGGAAAUGCUUUACCCAUUGUUAAGAACAAUGAACCAAAACAAAUACUACAAAAGAAAUUAGUCCAAUUGGUCGACUCCACGGGAAAAGUAAAAUAUAUGCAAAUGCUGGUGGCUGCAUCAUCUGUAGCAACGUCAACUUUAAACGAAACACUAUCCGUGUCAUCUAUGGCGCCCAAACUUUCUACUGUUGGAUCGACUAGUAUGAGACCCUCUUCGGUUAUAAAUACAUCACAAUCAGCCAAAGGAGGUGCCACACCCAUCCAACGAGUGGCAAAUGGGGCUAAUAACAAGUCUACUAUUAACCCUGGCGGAAUUACAAUGAAACCGAAUAUAUUCAAAAUAGUACCUGAGAAUAUGCAAACCAAACCGCGAGUCGUAACUUUUAGUACAAUAACCGCUGUUUCCCCCACAACAACUGUCACAACGACGUCAGCACUACCCGCCAGUAAACCACAAACGGUGACAAAGCCAGAUGCUUCAAAAAUUCUCCCAAAAUCCAAUGGAUCAGCAGCGAGAAAUAUCGUAUUUCACAAGGAAGGCAAAGUGUACAUAAUCGACCCAUUGCAAAUGAAAUUGAAGCAGCAACAAAAGAAACAAGUUUCUUUACUAAAGCCUCAAGUUAGUUUGCUGAAACAACAAAAGCAGCAACAACAGCAGACGUUGGAACAAUUAUAUCAAGAAAAGUCUAUUAUAAAGCAGGUGGAUCACGAUUACUUGUUAAGCCCAAACAGCUUCUAUAGCAAUAAUGCUCCUCAAAUACAUUUGGGUUUAAAACAACAGCGACUCAUAUCCUUGAAUUCUUUGCAAUUAAUGCAAAUGAAAAGGGUUUUAUUCGAGAAAGGAGUCCUGAAGCAACAGUUUACGAGUAUGCAAAGUGCUGUCGAGUUUGUAUUGAGACGUUUACAACUAAUUGCUCCCAAGGAUUCUGUAAGUUCGGCAUAUCCUUUUAUCACGCACAGCUAUGCCGAGUUUCAAUCCCUGACAGCCUUCAAGCAACGCUCGUACGAGUGGCUUAGGGCCAAAAAUACUUCGCGAAUAUUGCGAAGCCACAAAGAUUUACAAAACCUCAAUAAGACAACACGGGAAACCUUUUGGUCAACAAAAGAAAUUGCAAAUUUUGCCAGACAAUAUGGUUAUACUCCCGAUAUAAAAUCGUUGCCCAAAUUUGUGGAGAAACAGGAUGGAGUCACCAAUGACUUUAAACAGCUGCUUAAAGGUGAAUUGAAACAAAAAGAGAUUGUGCCCUGCGACACUUUAACCGACGUUCAAGACAUACGGAAGUGGGCAAAUACCGUUUGGCCCAUAUUAACUAACUAUCACCAUGUUGAAAAUGAAAACCUGAUAAUCGAUGUCGACAACAUGAGUGAGGAGGAAAGUACUUGUCAAAAAGCUAAAAAUCACUCGAAAUCCCAAUAUACUCUGAUGAAAUCCCUUCCAGGUGGAAAAAGCAACCAAAUUUAUCUUCCAACACCGCCAUAUUUAGAGAAUGAGUGCAAUUUAGUUUCCCACAUAUGUAAAGAUCUAAGCAUAGCACUAGUGCCCGAAGAACUAGGUGCCAAUGUAUGGCAUCCCUCUACACAAACCAUUUUAGCCCAUACCCUUAAUUUAUUUCUACAAAAAGUUAUCAGAAAGUCUGUAGCAUUGAAGUAUCAAGAAAAUGGUGGUGCAAAUGAAUCUUUAGGUAUUAUUCAGCAAGCGGAUAUUGCAAAAGCCUUAUCACAAUCAAGUGAAUUUGAUUUUCUUACGAAUAAAUACUUUGGUAUAAGUUCUAAGGUAGAAAGUUCGGCGUCUACUGUUAAGGAUGAAGCUUCAUGACUGCCGCAUUGAUAUAUAAUCGUCGGCAGCAAUUUGUAUUUUAGAGUUAUGUAGGAACUACGUUUUACGCGAACUUUGAUAUUUUAAUUUAAUGAAAAAACAAAAACAUAUUUAAUAUUUAGGUUUGCAUUAAUACCGUUUAGUUACACUCUAGUGUUAAAAUGGUUUUUAAUAUCCUUUAAGGUAGACAAAACAAUCUUAGCUAAA